AUGGGCGACUAUUCGUACUCCGAGCCUGUUCGCUCUCCCUCACCCACCGGCCACCACGGACGAGAAAGCCAUGACCCCUACAAGCGCAAAUACCCCGAGGAGGAGCCCGCCUCGACAACGGCAACGACAGAUCAACAAUAUCGACCCACCUCCAAACGCAAGCGCGUGGAGGAGCGCCACCAGAAACUCCGCAAGCGCGGCCGCACCCCUCCAUCGGCCUACUCGCGUCGCGACCGGGACGACGAGCCCGCUGGCGGCCCCAACCGCAACCGCAACGCCCACAAUCGAUCCCCCUCGCCUCCCCUGCCGCCGCGGUCGCCGACCCCGGAAGCCCAGUCGCGCCCGCGCAAGCGGCCCGGCGGUGGCGCGCGGAUGGGCCUGGUGGACCGGGAAACCCUCCGGCGGCGACAAGAGGAGCGCGAGCGCACGGAGCAGGAGGAGGCGAUGCGCAACUCGCAGAUCCGGGGCGUGACGGACCUCGUGCGGCAGCAUUACAACGCCGUGCCGCAGCGGGGCCGCGAGUGGCGCAAGACGGAGAGUAAGAUCAAGGGCCUGCGCAGCUUCAACAACUGGGUCAAGAGCACGCUCAUCCAAAAGUUCUCGCCGGAUGAGGAGUUUGUGGCCCGCGCGAUCGGGACCAAGGACUGGGCCGACGGCACGGGCCCGCCGCCCGUCGAGCAGAAGAAGCUCCUGGUGAUCGAUUUGGGUUGCGGGAAGGGUGGUGAUCUGGGCAAGUGGCAGCUGGCGCCGCAGCCGGUGGAUCUGUACGUGGGCCUGGAUCCGGCUGAGGUCUCCAUCGUGCAGGCGCGUGAGCGAUACAGCCAGAUGCGGUCGGGACGCGGAGGUCCGCGCGGUGGUCGCGGGGGUGGUGGCGGCGGUGGCGGCCGGGGCCCGAGUUUCCAUGCGGAGUUCGCGCCGAAGGAUUGCUUUGGCGAGUGGCUGGGGGAUAUCGACAUUGUGCAGCGGGUUGGGAUUGAUCCCAACGCGGGACCCGGAGGUUCGUUGAUGAGCUCGCGCUGGGGCGGAGGUGGCUUCGACGUGGUCGCUUCGAUGUUCGCGAUCCACUAUGCGUUUGAGAGCGAGGAGAAGGCCCGGCAGAUGCUGCGCAAUGUGGCCGGCUGUUUGAAGAAGGGCGGCCGGUUCUUGGGUGUCUGCCCGAACUCAGAUGUCAUCAGUGCCAAGGUGGCCGAGUGCCAUGCUAAGCGCAAGGCGCGCGAGGAGGCGGCGGCGUCGAAGAACGAAGAAGCCGAGCCCGAAGACGGAGAAGUGGAGGAGGACACCACCAAGGUCGAAUGGGGCAACUCUAUCUACCGCGUGCGAUUUCCCGGGGAUACGCCCGAAGAUGGCAUCUUCCGGCCGCCGUUCGGCUGGAGGUACAACUACUUCAUGCAGGAGGCUGUGGAGGAGGUGCCGGAAUACGUGGUGCCCUGGGAAGCAUUCCGAGCCUUGACGGAGGAGUACAAUUUGGAAUUGCAAUAUCGCAAGCCGUUCCUGGAAGUGUGGCGCGAUGAGAAGGAUGAUGCCGAGUUGGGGCCUCUGAGUGAGCGCAUGGGUGUGCGUGAUCGCAAUACUGGGCAACUGAGCAUGACGGCGGAGGAGCAGGAGGCAGUCAGUUUCUACCACGCCUUCUGUUUCUACAAGGUCUAUCCUCCCAAUAUGCCCCUCCGUCGCCGAAACGAACCCGCACCCACCUCCUCAUCUUCCACAUCAACAACAGCCUCCUCUACAAUCCCCCAACCACCACCGUACCAGCCCCCGACGAUCUCCAACCCUAAAUCCGACCAACUGACCCUCCACGCGACCUCACACGCCGUCCUCCUCAGCCUCCUGACCAGCCAACCCCUUCGGAACCUGAAGACGCAUCUCCAGCAUGCGCAGGAAAAAUUGACCGAGGCGGCCGGGGAUAUCAACGAACGGUUGACGGAUGCAGAGGAGCGGAUGCGGCGGAAGAAGGAGCGAAAUGCUGAGGAGGGAGGGGAGGAUGAUAAUGAUGAGGAGGAGGUGGCCGCGCUUAAAGAAAAGGUGAAAGCUACAACCGCCAAGUUGGAUCAAAAGAUGCGGGGUGCGAUUGAUGCGGAGGUUAAACUGGAGGGACUGAGUGAGAUGCUACGGGGCUUGGAUGGCAAUGUUAAUGUGGUGGAUGGCGCAGUGGCUACUAGGAGUCGAUCGACAAGGAGUAGUCGGCGGAGUAGGAGGGAUGAAGAUAGGGAUGAGGAGAUGGAGGAUGCUGAUGCUCGUGGCGAUGACGAGGAGGAGGGGGAGGGAGGUGAUGACGAUGAAGAAAAUGCCGGACCGACGUUGGUGGGCAAGAUAGAGGAGAGUGUCACCGCGACGAAGAACAAGUGGAGUGGGUUGUCGCUUACCCAGAAAUACUCCACCAACAACGCUUACAUCGGAUUCUAUCGCAUCAUCCACGAAGCCAAACACCCGGGUGAUGAUAUCCCCCCACUCCCGCAUGCCUCGACCUGGUUCGCCCACCUCGAAGAAGGGGCCGACAAGAAACCCACAACUUCGGCUACCAGCAGUAGAGGCGCGGCGACAAGCGCAGUAUCGGGAGUGUCAGCUACCAUGGGCGCAUCCUCCUCUCGCCACGCCAAAAAUCCUUCCGCUGAAGAAGGCGAUGACGAAGACCCUUCCGACGAAGACAUCGCUAUUUCCCGUGAACGCAUUUCCCUCAAGUGCCCCCUUACUCUCCUCCCCUUCCAGGAUCCGGUCACCAGCACUAAAUGCCCGCACAGCUUUGAGCGCGAGGCCAUUACCGCAAUGAUUGCGCAGAGCCGCACCACCGCCCCGGACCCGAGACACGGUUCAUCCAGUGGGCACGCGGGCCGACGUGCGCGUCGCGUACACUGUGUCAAGUGUCCGGUGUGUGAGGUGGUUUUGACCGAGUUUGAUCUGCGAAGUGAUCCCGUUCUUCUGCGCAGGUUGAAGAGAGCUGAGGCUGCUCAAAGGCGGGAGCAGGAAGAACUGGAGGAGGAAGAGUAUGAUCAAGGAGGUGUGGGUGGGCGGAGGAAGAGAAGUAGGAAAAGUGGGAUCACGGUGGCUAGUGAUGAUGAGGAUGACGACACAGCUACCUCACGAAGAGUGGCGUCUCAGCAAGACCAGAUCAGAAUCAAACAGGAACGCGGUGUCUCCGUCGCUGCU